UUUGUCCUGUAACAAAAGUAUCAUUGCCACUAGUAAACGAGCAUAUGAGUUAAGGACUCAGUUGCCUGACCUGUCAUGAUACAUUUGUUAUUGCUGUACUUGUUUUGUUUUUUUUGCUCUUGAAAGAUAUCUAUACAUUGUAGGUAUGGAGCAAGACUACGCAAACGAUUCACUGUAUUUUAAACUACAGGCAUUAUCUUCUGUACGAUAAUUAUCUUCUGUACGAUUAGUCAGUGUUACCGGCAAGCUAACGUUAGCUGCGAACUUAGCUAGCUAGUUUACUAAAACAGGUCAGUUCGUAGAUACACACAACGUCAACAUUGAAGAUGUCAAAUUAUUCUUCUAAGCGCAGUUUUAUAUUUUAAUGAAUCCGCUGCUAGUGUUGUUUGAUGAAGUUGUUUUUACAUGCGGGACUGAACAGGACAAAGUCCCGUUCAAUUUCCUAAGAGUGGCGUAUUUGGGAGAUCCGCCAAAUUCUGUAAACAACAACAUUGACUUCAGUACUUGGACUGUUCCAGUUAGUUACCAAGUGUUAGCUAGCUAUCUAGUUACAUACGUACAGUACCGAUUUUACAUAGUUUUUGUUUACAAUAUGCACGUUAAAUGCGUUAAUAUAAAUCACGGGUUAUGGAAGGACGCUGUCUGUUUUUGAGAAUACAAUUGAACACUACCCAGUGAGCAAAGGACGUUCAAUUGACGCCUUCCAGGUUGAAAUUACGUUGAAUAGACGUCUUUUCAAAAAUUGUGCUCAGUGGUUAUUUUGUAUUUUAAAAGUGAAUAUGUGUCAUAUUGUCAUUUACUUAUUGUAAAGUGACACAUAAUCGCUAUGUAGUCAUUCAAGUCCGGCAUUUACGUUGCCUCUUUGUACAGCAAAAAGCGAAUAAGAAGCACCCUUUGCCAACUUGUCUACGUAUCCAUUGGAGCGCAGGUCUGAGUUGCUAUACGUGCAUACUUCACAAUAGGGGUUUCUUAACAGAAACAUGCAACAACAAAAAAAAAAAAACGUCAGUAUUGCCCAGUCGCGUUUUGCUAGCUCGCUCCCUGGAUAUUGUUUGCUAGGUUCUGCCCGAUCGGCUUCACUAACCUCAUGCAUAUAUUUGUGGGGUUGGUGUUCUGCAUUUUCACAACACUUUCUUUGUUCUUUUUUUUUUACAGUUGUCUAUGCCCCCAGCCGAAGUGACCAGUUUUGAGCAAGAGCACAUUGUUUUUGAAUCUGAAUAUGGUGUUUUAUCUGCUCUUUCUGAAAAAGGAACACUGAAAUCAUCCAGUGUAUUCUUGUAAUCAUAAUGAUCAUAUUGUGAUCACCAUAACAUUUUAUAGACAAGCAAAGCUUCCUCAUAUUGCCAUACAUUGAGUGUUAGUUCUUCCCCCUAAACAAUGGAAGCUCCAGUCACACCACAUCCUUUACACUCCAACUCCACCCUGCCUCCACCCUACCCCCUUCACCCAGCUGUGGCCCCAUCAGUCCAGCUUGGGAUUACCAUCCUCUACACCACUCUGUACGGAAGUCUAUUCCUGGUAGUGUACAUUCAGCUCUGGCUUCUUUUGCUGUACCGACACAAGCGCUGGAGCUACCAGAGUGUAUUUCUGUUCCUCUGUCUCCUGUGGGCAGCCCUCCGCACCACCCUCUUCUCCUUCUACUUCCAUAAUGCCCUUGAGGCCAACCACCUGCCCACAGUGUUGUACUGGCUGCUGUACUGCUUCCCUGUGUGUUUGCAGUUUUUUACACUCAGUCUCAUCAACCUCUACUUCUCUCAGGUAUUACUCAAAGUUAGAGAGAAAUACAGCUCAAAUACUGAGCCUGGCCAUGCACUCCAGAGCAGACGGGCAGGAGACACAACCUGGGACCUUGUACUGAUACGAGUGUUGUUCAAUGACUUGCUGUUCAUCUUUGAGGCUGUGUGUCUAGCAGCACUACUGCUCCUCUUAACCAGACACUCCACAUCCACCAGUCCUUACCUGCACAGUAAGGGGACGACAGUGUGUCGGACUGCAGUGCUGGGUGCAGGUGUAAUUCUUCUCUUUGCAAGUAGAGCAUGCUACAAUUUGGCUGUCCUCAUACUAUCGCAGAACCAGAAAGUAGAGGCGUUUGACUUUGACUGGUAUAACAUCUCAGACCAGGCGGACCUACGUCAUGAGCUUGGAGACAGGGGUUACUUGGCGUUCGGGGCGAUUCUCUUCAUAUGGGAGCUGCUACCCACCAGCCUUCUCAUCCUCAUCUUCAGAGUUCGUCAACCACCUCAGGAAACGGGUAAUGUGCAAGUUAACAACAGAUUACCACGGCCUUACUUCUUUGAUGACCCAGCAGGGGUGGACACUGACUCGGGUGUUCCUUGGGUCAACAACUCACACCCACAUCAAAGCUGGUAUGGAUCGAUUAGGGAGACAACACCUCUGCUGUUUGCCAGUAAUCCCCCUGACCAGAAUCAACAUCACAGUUUCUACUCAACACCACAGAACUGACCAUGGUUGUACUAACCAACUCUAAUCUUGUCUAAAAUGGCACCUGUUUCCUCAUUAUAUUGGGCACAACCUCCUCUGCCCAUGUUGCAUUGUGCACUGGAUGCCUCACUUGAUUGAGAAUGCGUUUUUGCACACAAACUAACUGGAAGUCAUUGCUCGGUAUAGACCAUGCACCUUUUGAAACGACGACCACUGUUUGGUUUGAAUUUAAUUAUUUCCACUUUUGCAAUGUGUUUGUCUGACUUGUGUAUUUGGGCUUUUAUGCCAACCUCUAGCAACUCCGUAUCACAUAGUGUUCGGAUGAUAGUAACCAAUGAAAUUGGCAAGGACAGAGAGAUUGGUACUCAAGCUAUUUCCAUUCCACUUUAGGACUUUUAUUCAAAACCUUUUUGUCAUUGUUUAAAAUGUCUUGUUGCUGAUUAGCUAAAUAGUAGUAUAAUAUUUGUAUUAUCACUGCCAUAAGCAAUGCAUACAAUAGUAAUGUUUGUCAUUGGUCUGUGGUUGUAAAGUUUUGUCAAUUUAUUUAAUCUGAUUAUCAACUGUCAUUUUUACAGAUUGACAAUACCUCCUUCACCAGCUAGUUUUAUAAGGGAAUUUUCUAUGGUUUUCAUAGCUUAACGGAAUACAGAGUGCUGUAUGAAUGUGUUUUUUAAUGCUGUUGUAAUUACAAAGUCUUAACAUUAA